AUUUAGAACACAAAUUAACACAAAGUUGUCAACUUGACACACUUGAAAACAAUGUCUUGGCAACACAAGUAUGUCAAUACUAUACUGGGUAAAUUGCACGUUUGAUAUAAGGUUAAAUACCGGCUGUAAAUAUUUGUUUAGAUACACCUAUCUGGAGGUGUGUACGACAGAGUGACGCGCAAAAUCAAUGUAGCGAUAAGUAUUUGUAACCCAGCACUGCAGCUAUCGCAAUGUAUUUUAAUUUGUAAAUAAGCAUGCUGACUUUUUACACUUAUCUUAGACCCCCGAAAAACGUUUUGCCAGCACGGGAGGUCAAAGAUUAAUCAAAUCGAAAUUAACGUGAUCAUGAUUAGAUAAAGCUAUACUAAAUUCCAUUGUUUUUUGGUAUAUCGACAUUGAUUUACCAGAGCGAAAAUUCUUAAUUAACUGUGUAAACAUUUAUUAAGAUCAAAUACAAAAAUUGUUCGUACAACAUUUCGUCAGUCGAAACUGGAACAAGUCAGUUCGUCCAUUAAAAUCAAUUAUCCUUCUUCAUCAUCCAUUUAAUUAACUAAUAAAAAUGUUCGGUCAGCAUGUGCUACGCUUUGAGAACAAUACCUCCACAUGCACCAGGAAUGCAUCUGUUGGUUUGCAGAGAACGAUGAUUAUUUAUUUUGGUGGCUCUCCAUUCGAGAAACCGUGCGCGAGCGCAAACGUAGCGUAAGAAUUUGUUAUACAUGACGCUGUCUCUUGCGUUUAUAGAUUUCCUGCGGAGUGCAACGCAGAACGGGACCGGAAAAUUUUGCGGAGCGAAGCUGACACGUUAAAGCGAAAAUGUCGGGUGUGUAGGAACUAUUGAUUUAACACAGCACCGCCGGUAACGCUUAAUUUAACGGUGUUCCGCUGUUUCAGUCAAGUUUUUGCACCUGAUAAACGAGGUUAAAAAGUACCCGUCUCUGUAUGACAGGAGCGACAGGCACUUUAAGGACAACACUCAAAAGGCCAUUAAUUGGAAUCAGAUUGCGGCCGUUGUUGGCUAUUCAGGUACACGCACCCUUUGACAGGUGUCAGAACAGAUGUUCUUUGAAAACGAUAACGUUAUCGUCGUUGACGUUCUGUUGUGACAACUGGAAAACUGUUAUUUCAGCCCCGGAUUGUCAGAGGGUAUGGACGAACCUACGCAAUCGCAUGGGACGGGAGAUCAAAAACGCCUCUUCCGAAACAGAAGCUUCCAGUUCCACGAAAUGGGAAUAUUACGAUGCUUUGUCUUUUCUGCAGAAGCACAUCAAAGCUAGAAAGACGUUUCUGUCGAUUCAAACGUCAGAUCCUUUGGAUCCUUGGAAGUUCAUACAUGAGGAGAGUCUGCAGAGCAAUCAAAGCAGCGAAUCGGCGAUGGAAGAUGAAGAUAGACAUUCGAAGAAAAUUAAAACUGAAAAUAAUUGUUCUUCAAUCGAUAACUCAAUCAGCGUAUCAGACCUUAUAAACACAAGUUGUAAAGUUGAAAAAUCAGCAGAUGAAGCUUUGGGUGAGUACAUAGUUGCAAGGUUGAAGGAAAUGGACUCGGUAACAAGACGGAUGAAAAGGAAAAGACUUUUAGAAGUCCUCGAAGACGAGGACUUAAUGUAAUAUGUAUGUCACGUUUAAAUAUUCAGUUGUUACAGUUAUAAGUAAAUAAAAUUAUUUAAGAUUUA